CAGCACCGCCUGUCUUCCUAGCCGUGCUCGCGGUGAUCUCGCGAUAUCCGGGCCGUGUUUAUGUGAGUGUGCCGGGGCCCUCCUCUCUGUAGCUGGCUCGGCCUGUCAGCGGGAGCUCCGAGCAUACAUGCUGGCCGGGGAGCGGCGCCCACAGACGCCUCAACCGCCCGCAACCCGACGGCCAUGGCGUCUGACAGCGACACGGAGGAGUUCUUCGAUGCCCCGGAGGAUGUGACGCUGACCUGUUCUCCUGGAGUAUCACCAACAAAACCAGCAACAUUCACUUUGAAGGAAGAAGUUACUCAUGCUGAAAAUUCGGAGGUGGAAAUUGUAACCACUGAACCAAAGCAAAAUGACCCAAAAGAGAUCAUUGAAAGCAUCAUUGAAGAAAGUCAAAAGUCCUCUGCUGUAGAUGUAUGCCCUAAUAGAACUGAAAAUGUGGUAACGUUAAAUAAUUCAAGCACCUCUGUAGAGACUGAUCUAGCACUUUCAAGCAACAUCCCUGAACUGUUAAUUACUGAAACAGAUUUUCACGAUGAUGCGGAAGAAUGUCGCCAUAAAGAACUGGAUGAUCAUUCGAGGUCAAAACUUCGUGAAACACAUGACAUCUCUAUUCCUCUCAUUGAACAGUUGGUAGAAACCUCUAAAAUUGUGGAAAUUAUACAAUUAACAGAAGAUCUUCAAAUUUCGGAAAAGGAAGAAAGCACAAGAAAAGUAUUUGAGUAUGAUGAAGUUAAAGAUCUCAAGGAACAAGAAACUUAUGACUAUGUGCCCAGCGAGAUGCCACCUGCUGAAGCUGUGGAGCAGUUGCCACCUGCUAAGCCACCCCGGCAGAUUACUGUUGAGCCUGACAUAGUAGCAAGCACUAAAAAGCCUGGUCCCUCACGUCCCCCUCUACCUUUAAAUGCCCCUCCACCAAGGCCGCCACCACCUGUUAGGCCACCACGAAAGAAGAAAUAUGAUUCUGACUAUGAGAGCCCAAGAUCCUCUGGUCUGGAGUUUACAAAAGAUGUCUUUCUCACUGGAGAGCUCCUGUCUGCAAACACUGUGGCAGAGGCAAUAAAUAGGGAUUGUCAGCCAUCACUGGAUCUAGCUAGCGCAACAAGCGGGGAUAAAGUGGUGACUGCUCAGGAAAACGGAAAGGCGGCAGAUGGUCAGCUGUCCAGUUCGCCAACAGAGAUUUGUGGUCCCCAGAGGCCCCGGUCUAACUCGGGAAGAGAGCUCACAGAUGAGGAGAUUUUGGCCAGCGUAAUGAUAAAAAACUUGGACACUGGAGAGGAAAUCCCUCUGAGUUUGGCAGAGGAAAAACUUCCAACAGGCAUUAAUCCACUUACAUUGCAUAUCAUGAGAAGAACCAAGGAAUAUGUCAGUAAUGAUGCUGCACAAUCCGAUGAUGAAGAGAAGACGCAACCUCAUCAAACCGAUACAGACGGAGGAAAAUUGAAGCAGAAAACGACACAACUGAAGAAAUUUUUAGGAAAAAAGGUGAAAAGAGCAAAACAUCUGGCAGAAGAAUAUGGCGAGCGGGCGGUAAAUAAAGUGAAAAGCGUCAGAGAUGAGGUUUUUCACACAGACCCAGAUGACCAGUCAUCCAGUGAUGAUGAAGGAAUGCCCUACACCCGACCUGUGAAAUUCAAAGCUGCUCAUGGCUUCAAGGGUCCCUACGACUUUGAGCAUAUCAAAGUGGUGCAGGACCUAAGUGGAGAGCAUAUGGGAGCUGUCUGGACCAUGAAGUUUUCUCACUGUGGGCGGUUGCUUGCUUCAGCUGGGCAGGACAAUAUUGUCAGAAUUUGGGUUCUCAAAAAUGCUUUUGAUUAUUUCAAUAACAUGAGGAUCAAGUACAACACAGAAGGGCGAGUAUCUCCCUCACCAUCUCAGGAAAGUCUUAAUUCUUCCAAAUCUGAUACAGAUGGUGGGGUUUACAGUGCAGCAGAUGAUACGGACCCGGAUGAUAAGAAUGCACCAUUUCGCCAGGUACCCUUCUGUAAAUACAAAGGGCACACAGCUGACCUUCUCGACUUGUCCUGGUCUAAAAAUUACUUCUUACUCUCAUCAUCAAUGGACAAGACAGUUCGCCUAUGGCACAUAUCCAGGAGGGAGUGUCUGUGCUGCUUCCAGCAUAUAGAUUUUGUUACUGCAAUAGCUUUCCAUCCGAGGGAUGACCGAUACUUCUUGAGCGGCUCCUUGGAUGGGAAACUCCGACUCUGGAACAUUCCUGACAAAAAGGUUGCCUUGUGGAAUGAAAUUGAUGGGCAGACCAAGCUCAUUACUGCUGCAAACUUCUGUCAGAAUGGCAAGCACGCUGUGAUCGGCACAUAUGAUGGCCGCUGCAUCUUCUAUGAUACAGAGCAUUUAAAAUACCACACGCAAAUCCAUGUUCGUUCCACUAGAGGGCGAAAUAGGGUUGGCAGAAAAAUCACUGGAAUAGAGCCAUUGCCUGGAGAAAAUAAGAUAUUGGUAACCUCUAAUGAUUCAAGAAUAAGGCUGUAUGAUCUAAGAGACCUGUCUUUAUCCAUGAAGUACAAGGGGUGUGUGAAUAGCAGCAGCCAGAUAAAGGCAAGCUUUAGCCAUGAUUAUACAUAUAUAAUUAGUGGUUCUGAAGAUAAAUAUGUUUAUACCUGGAGUACGUAUCAUGAUCUAAGCAAGUUCACCUCCGUAAGAAGAGACCGCAAUGACUUCUGGGAGGGUAUAAAAGCACAUAAUGCAGUUGUCACAUCGGCAAUCUUUGCCCCAAACCCCAGCCUGAUGGUAUCGCCAGAUGCGUCAUCUGAGAGGCAAGAUGCUGACCACAAGGGGGAACAAGGAGAGUCCGUAGAUCACAUACCUUCUGGGGCUUUGAAGCCUGACCACACAGAAGUGCUCUUGUCUGCAGAUUUCACAGGCGCCAUCAAAGUGUUCAUGAACAAGAAAAAGAACGUGUCUUAAGUCCUUAUGUGAUGGAGGAAAGCUACAUUGGUAGCCAACAGUUAUACUAGCAGGGGGUCCUAUUACUGCAGCACUUGAAGACGGCCCAACAGCUAUCUUGGGUUCAAACGAUAAUCCAGUUUCUACAGUAAUGCUUUGACCAGAAUGUUUGUUCUCCUGAUCAUCUCUCUGAUUCCCCAGUGACCACAUUUCUGAUCCCCUCUUUUUUUUUUUUUUAACUGCUUAUUACAUUAAAGCCUAACCAUACACAAUACACAGUUAGUUGAAUUCA